AUGCGUCCCUUCCUUCCAGGCUUGGCUCUCAGCCUGCUGCUAACUCUGGCGUUGGGCCAGCCACUCCAAUUUCAAGAACGCGUCUUUCUCCAGUUUCUGGGCCUACGCAAGGUGCCCUCACCACAGAAGUUGCAGCCGGUGCCUUUUAUCUUGAGGAAAAUCUUUCAGGAUCAAGAGGCGACAGCAGCCGCUGGGGUGUCCCAAGACUUAUGCUACGUGAAGGAGCUGGGUGUCCGCGGGAACGUGCUCCGACUUCUCCCAGACCAAGGUUUCUUCCUUUGUUCUAAGAAACGUUCCCAAACCUCCUCCUGCCUACAGAAGCUCCUCUCCUUUAACCUGUCUGCCAUCAAGGAAAAGGACCAGCUAACAAUGGCCCAGCUGGGCCUGGACUUGGGGCCCAGCACUUACUAUGACCUGGGACCGGACCUGGAACUGGCUCUGUCUCUGGUUCAGAAGCCCUCUGUGCGGGGCAAGUCCAUCCCUAAGCCGGGUAAACUCUUUGCUCUGCAGUCGGUGCCACAGCCUCGAGGUGCCCUUCACUUCAACGUCCUGGAGGUGGCUCGGGACUGGUACAUCAACCCCCAGAAGAAUUUGGGCUUGUUCCUGGAGAUACUUGUCAAAGGCGACAGAGACAUUGAGGUGAAUUUCCAGCUUGAGGACACCUGUGCCAGGCUGAGACGUUCCCUUCAUGCUUCCCUGCUGGUGGUCACCCUCAACCCUGAGCAGUGCCACCCUUCUUCCCGGAAAAGGAGGGCAGCUGUCCCUGCCCCUGAGGCCUCUUGCGGGAACUUCUGCCAUCGUCAUCAGCUAUUCAUCAACUUCCGGGACCUGGGUUGGCACAAGUGGAUCAUUGCCCCAAAGGGGUUCAUGGCAAAUUACUGCCAUGGAGAGUGUCCUUUCUCACUGACCACCUCUCUAAACAGCUCCAAUUAUGCUUUCAUGCAAGCUCUGAUGAAUGCAGUUGACCCAGAGAUCCCUCAAGCUGUCUGUAUCCCCACCAAGCUGUCCCCCAUUUCCAUGCUCUAUCAGGACAACGAUGACAAUGUCAUUCUAAGACAUUAUGAGGAUAUGGUGGUUGAUGAGUGUGGGUGUGGGUAGGCUACUGGAGAUGAGAAUAGAAGUGUCCUUAGAGUAGAGCUUCUAAUAAAACUACCUAUUUGUUUUAGGACCUCUUGGACCUGAAAUGUCAAAAUGUCAAUUUACUUAUAUUCAGAGUUUGUCUUGAAAUAUCCAGGCUUGAGAAUACUAUGAUUAAUGAUACCCAUAAUUAAACACAUACACAUACACACAACACACAUUUUGGAGCCCAAAUGAUCUUGGUGGAUUUCUGCUCUAACCUACUCAUUAUGCACAUGACAAUAUAUUAGACUCUAAAUAGAAGGAAACUGGCAUUUACUGAUGACUUAUUAUGGACCAGGGAUUAUUCUACGUGUUACUUUACAAACAUUAUUUCACUGCUCUUUGAGAUAAGUUAUUAUUUACACUAUACAGAUGAAGAGACUGAGGUUCCAAGAAGCUAAAUAACUAAUUUUCCUAAGGUCACGAGCUGUCCCUACUCAUCUAUUGACGGUGUUACUAAAAAAAAAAAAAAAAAACAUUUUGAGGAAUAUGAAGAAUAGAGAAAAAUAUACCAAAAUAAUAGACAAUACUAUACUUUUCUACAUUUCCUCCUUAUCUUUUAUUGAUAAUAUAUAAUUUCUAGUAGUGUAUUCUCACAACACAUAAUUUUGAGUCUUCUUUUCAUUUAACAUUACAUCAUUGAAAUUUUUUUCAAGUCACCAACCUCUACAUAGUUAAUGGCUGUACUAGACACCACUGUUUAGGUUAUACCAUAAUUUCCUUAAAAGAAUGUUUAUCAUUGGGCAAUUAUGUUGUGUGCAGUUUUUCAUGAUGGAAUAGUGUUGUAAUAACUCUUCAUUCAUAUAUUGUUGCCGAUAUUUUGUUCCUACUCCUUUAAAAAAAAUUCAGGCAUGAAAUUACAGAAGUCAGAGGAAUAAAUUGCCUCUUCUGUAAUUAAUACAAGAUAUGUUGGCAUUAAAAUAAGCAGAUACAUUAUGCGGUAGAAUGCAAAAUUAACAUAUAAAACUCUAGACUUGGUAGGAUGCUUUGGGUUUUACCUGGAGGUAUAAGAGUUCACAUACUUCUGUUAGCAGAACUAAAGUGGAAAAGUUGUUGAUCACUGCUCUAUUUAGUCCCUUUUCUAACUCCAGUUGUCAGUACCUCAAAGUCAAACUCAUCAGUCUCAUCUGGAUUAUUGUUACAACUUUUAACCUGAUCAUUUGUUUUUGUUUUUUUAAUGAAGGUUAUUGUAAUUUAACUACAUUACAAAUACAUGUGAACACCCCUGCAUCACCCUCCCAGUCUCUUUCCCCAUAGUCUCAAUGAAGCCACCAUCCAGAAUUUGUUGUGUCUUUCCCAUUCAUUUCUUUAUAAUUUUACUACAUAUGCUUGUAUCUAUAAACAGUAUAGUGUUCCACAAUUACAUAAACUUUGUAUAAA